AUGUCAUUUUUAGGCCGCAAAAAGCCACGAGACAGGACUCCCUCGCUCCUCGCUGGGAGCGAGGACGCGGAGGAAGGCGAGGUGUACGUACACCCGGCUCUGGGUUCUCCGGCUGAAGGCCGGCAGAGGGGAAGCAGCGUGCGCUGCCUACGCUUCAAGAAGCGAGAGGAGGAAGGUGGCUUGCCGUCUUCUUCAGACCUGAGUCGGCUUCGAGGAGCCGUAGACAGCUCCACGCGAUAUCAAAUUCCGUAUCCCCCGACCGCAUUUUCGGAAGACAGUGAGGAGGAGCACGCGGCGCCGCGCCCUCCUCCGCGAUUUCCCUCCUUUACUUCGCACUAUUCCCCGUCUCCUUCGUCUUCUCUUCCGUCUGCCUCUGCGUCUUCGUCAGCUGCUUCCGCCUCUUCGUCUGCAGCGCCGUUUCCUCUUUCGUUCGCUUCAUCGGCGUCCGCAGAGCCGUUGUCGCCGAUCUUUGCUAGCUUGCCUUCCUCAGCUCAGCCGCUGCGUGAGCCAGAAGGCCUUCGCGUGGAAGCGCCCUCGGCCUCUGGCGCUUCACCCCGCGUAUCUCUUUUUCCUCCGUCGAUCUUCUCGUUCGCAGGCGGCGACGGGGAGAGCGACAACUCUCUGCGUCCGUUCACCUUGUUCACUCCCCUCUCGACGCCGUCCUCCCUGUCGUCGGGACGCGAGGACCCCGAGCGGAGUCACGAUAUUCCUUUGUCCGUUCUCUCGCGCAGCGGACACGCGCCCGACGCAGGGGGCACCGGAGCUGCGCCGUUCGAAAGACUGCUGCUCCAUGCGUCGAGGAGAGAGUCCGCCGCUCCCUCUAUCGCGGCCUCGCGCACUGCUCCCUUCUCGUCUCUCCUCCCUUUCUUCUCGUCAUCAGACCGUCGCCCGGCGUCGUCUGCUUCGCGGGCACACGCGCAUCGGUAUUCAGCUUCUCCCGGCUCUUCUCCCACGUCUGUGCGUCCCACUGCCUCGCGCUUGGGAGCGUCUCUCUUCUCUGCGCCGUGUUCACCGUGCUGUGUGAUGUGCCGAAAGGCCUUCCGGGCGCUGCGGCGUGUGCUGCAGUGUACGUACACCUGGUGCGUGGUGCCGGUGCUUCUCGUUCUUGCGGUGUUCCUGCGCCUUGUCGUUCUACUUUUUCGCCGGCUCUUCGCGCUGCUUCGUCUCCUCGUCGACCCGCUCAAGCGGUUUCUUUGCGAGCACGGAAAAACACGGCAAGCCUUCGAAGUCCUCGAAGUCUGGAUCCUCGCCGCGCUCGUCGGGCUCCUGACCGGCUACUCCGCCUUCUACAUUCACCACACGUCGAACUUCGUGGGCGAUCUCCGCUAUGGCUCCUGCCGAAACUUCUUCUGGCUCGACAGAAGACUCUGCUGCGGCUCAGAGUUCAACGUGGAUUUCGCUGGCAAUGCGUGUUUGCCUCCGAGGCCGCUCGCCCUCCAGCCGUCUCCCCCCGUGCGCCUGGAGGCGCUCGCGGACAUCAGAGGCCCGCCUCUGGCUUCCGUCCCCGCGGCGCCCGACGCGGCGGCGUCCUCCCCGCCAGACGCCGCCUCCGCUCCGCAGGUCGCACAGCUAGAGCGGCAGAAUACCUCAGACGGCGCUGCACACGCACCCGAGCGGUCGCCUGUCUCCGCGGCUGUCCCUUCGAACGUCUCGUCUUCGCCCGCGGGUUCGCCGCGGCCUCUCUCGGCUCCAGCGUGGCAAUCCUGGGCCGCGGUGGUUUUCGGCCCUGCCGCGCCCCUCUCCCCGCCCGAGCGAGUUCCGCUCUCCCUUGCCCUUCCACCGUCGUCUCUUACGCCGCCUCUUCUUUCUCCAGGCCCUGCCGCGUUGUCUACCGCUUCGCCUGCGCCGCCUGCACCGCCUGCACCGCCUGCGCCGCCUGCACCGCCUCCACCGCCUCCACCGCCUCCACCGCCUCCACCGCCUGCACCGCCUGCACCGCCUGCGCCGCCUGCGCCGCCUGCACCGCCUGCGCCGCCUGCAUCGCCUUCGCCUCCUGCUCCGCCUGCAUUGCCUGCGCCUCCUGCGCCGCCUGCAUCGCCUGCGCCUCCUGCGCCGCCUGCGUCUGCUGCGCCUUCCGUGGCGUCUCCAUCGAUUAGCGUCCCCAGCGGAGACUUCGGGGGAGACCGCGCGGCGGAGUCACCUGGCGGCCUGCUUUCGCCGGGCGACGGCGAAGGCGACCGAGUCCGCGGGCCGUUCAUCGGGCUCCUUCCCUCUGCCUCACCCUCCCCCCUUUCGCCCCCGUCUUCUCCGCUCCUCCCUUCGGCCUCUGCUCCCGCUUCGUCUGCGACUGCACCAGGGAACGGAGCCGUCACUUCCUCUGUCCCUCCGUUCCCUGCGUCUUCUCCUUCUUCUCCGUCUCCUUCUCCUCCUCCUGUUCCUCCUCCGUCCGUCACCUCUUCACCGUCGGCAUCUUCGGCGUCGGGCGCACCUUCGGCCUCGUCUCAUGAGGCGUCUGCGCCGGCGGCGAGCCCAGGCAUCCUGUCUCUCCCUUCCGCCGGCGUCUCGGAUGCGUCGGGCGGUUCGCCGUCUCCUCGCGAAUCUUCUAGCCAGGCGCUGCCUCCGCCUUCGUCCCCGUCGUCUCCUUCCGCUCCAUCUGUCAUGUCGGCGUCUGCGGUCUCGUCAGCUGUUCCUUCAUCGGCGUCUGUCGCUCCGCAGGAGGCAGAGGCGUCUUCUCAGGGAGGCGAAGAAGCUUCUUCUCUCGAGCCGCAGGAGGAGCGCAGCGAAGGGCUGCUUCAGCCGCUCCAGGGGGCAGCGCGAGAAGGCGCGCUUGCCAAUUCAUCGGCGCCGAGCUCUGCAGGCUCAGGAGUCGUCACACUAGAACCUCUCGCCGCUGCCUCGACUUCAGGCGAUCGAGCGAGCUCCUCUUUUCGAAGCCAGCCGCAGACGGACCCCCCCUCUCCUUCGGCGCCUCCAUCUUCUGCACUUUCCUCUGCACCUCCUUUCCUGUCGUCUUCAACCGCGCAGCCUCCCUCAGCGUCGCUCAAUUCGCCGCCGGCCGGCGCGCCUGCGCCUCCUGCGGCUCCCCUGACUUACCCGCGCCGCCUCGCCUCGGGGUCGCCUUCUUCCCCCCCCGCGCACCAGCCGGCGACUCUCUCGUCUUCGCCUCGCGCGUCGUCGCCGCUGGUGCCUGCCGCCUCGUUCGGCUCAGCGCUCGAGACAGCCUUGAGGGUCGCGGGACACCGGGUGGAAGCCGCUGCGCGCUUUUUCGUUGACUUUUUCUUCUUCGCGUUCGUGACCGUCGCGGCUGUGGCUGCCGCAGCCUGGCUCGUCUGUGCGCUUGCGCCGAAAGCCGCGGGCUCAGGCAUCGCGGAGGUCAAGGUGCUGCUGAACGGUUUCCGCAGCCUGCCGCACGUGCUGGAGGCGUCGGUCCUUGCCGUGAAGAUUCUGGGGCUCUCGCUGGCGGUCGGAAGCGGCCUGGUGCUGGGCAAGGAGGGACCGAUGGUUCACGUGGCCUGCUGCUGGGCGCAGCUGCUUCUCAAGAUCUUCUCGCCGUCCUCCGCCGCUGCCUCCUCUUCCUGCUCUUCGCGCGCAAAGAAGGCUGAAGCCUCGCUCGCGCUGCCUCCUCGCGCAGACGCAGCCGACGGAGACGCAGACGCAGACAUGCCGCCCGCGCCGCGGGGAGCGGCCGCCUCUUCGCCGCCUCCGACUCGGCCGCUUCUCCUCGGCGCGGGCGGCAUGUCUGCGUCUGCUUCGACGGCGGUUUCCGGGGGGGCGUCUUGCGCGGCGUUCUUUUCGGCGGCGGGGCGGGCGCGUGCGUCGUCCAAGUCUCGCGAGGAGAAUGUGCAGAAGCCGCUGCUGGCGGCGGCGAGCGCGGCGGGGAUGAGCUGCGCAUUCGGCAGUCCGAUCGCCGGCGUCUUGUUUGCGUUUGAGGAAAUGGGGGCCUCCGACUUGCCCGGCUCCGCGCUGUGGCUCUGCUGCUGCGCCUGCGUCUCGGCGUCGAUUCUGCUCGAGAUCCUGAACGCGCAGCUGAGUCCGAAGGACACACGCAGCACCUUCUACGCGGCCGGGUUCGCCUUCUUCUCGCCGUUCGCUAAGAACGGCAACAGCAGCCUCUGGCUCAAAGACAGCGUCGACCUCUUCCACACCUUCGAGGCCAUCGAGCUGCUGCCCUUUGCGCUCCUCGGAAUGAUUGGCGGCGUCCUCGGCCCCGCCUUCAUCUCCCUCGCCCUCAAAGCCAGCCAGUGCCGCCGCAGAAAGCCCCCGCGACCCGAAGGCCCAGGAGGCGCAGGCGCGGGGGGCGAGGGCGACGGCGCACAGAGACGCGGCGGCGGGCGCGCGAGCGAAGAGACGGCCGAGGCCGAGAGGGAGAGAGCCUCCGCGGAGGCGGGCGCCACGACGCCAAGGGCCCGCAGCAGCCUGAGGGCGGUCGCCGACGACUUGACAGCCAUGUUCCAGGCCCUAGGGCCUGUCGCGGACUGCGUCCUCGUCGCGGCCGUGACGGCGUUGGUCAACUUCAUGAUUCCCAUGGCAGGCGCCUCUUCCAACGACUUGCUCGAAAACCUCUUUUCUCGGUGCACGACGUCUUCGUCUGCGCACCCUUCCACCGAUCGCUUCGGCAUGUGUGUCGCGCCGUCCGCGCAUGCGCCUCUCUCUUCGCUCGACUCCGCCGCCGCGCUCCCCUCCGCCGCUUCUCCGCCCUUCCUCGGCGGCGCAACCGCCGCGAACCCUUCUGCGCUCGCCUCUGCAGGAGAUUUCGCGGCGCCGGCGUCCGCGUACCGCAUCGAUUCCGAGACGCUGGGAAAGCUCUUUCUUCUUCUCUUUGUCAAGUUCUCGCUGGCCGUCGCCGCCUUCGGCCUCGCACUGCCCGCCGGGAUCUUCGUCCCUGCGCUCAUUAUCGGCUCGGUGUACGGGCGUCUGAUGGGUUUGUUGAUUCUGCGACUGAAUCUGGCGUACAACUGGAUGCCUGUCGGCCCCUCGCCGAGUCGGUACGCGCUAGUCGGCGCUGUCUCCUUCCUCUGCGGCAUCACGCGGAUGAACCUGUCGCUGGUAAUCCUCAUGAUGGAGAUAUCGUCGCAGGCACUCGGCUCGCCAAACUCCUCCGCCUUCGGCCUCCCCUUCCUCCUCGCCCUCGGCGUCGCCAAAGGCGUCAGCAGCGCCAUCUGUGGCUACUCGCUCUACGACGGCCUCAUCGUCUGCAAAGGAUACCCCUACAUGUUUCACACGCAGGAGGUCUCGUUUUCGAAUCUACGCGCAGAGGAAGUGAUGGAGCGCAACGUCGUGUGUGUCGCGGUCUCCGAGCGCCGCACACUCGGCGAGCUCCUUCAUCUCGUUUCCAAAUACCCGUUUGAGGGCUUUCCAGUCAUUUCUGACUCCGAGACGCGCCUGGUCGUCGGCUUUCUCAGCUCGCAUCGGCUGCGGCAGGCGCUGCACGAGCUCCUGAGCCUGCAGCACCGCUUCAUCCACGCGCAUACCUUCGUCUCCUUCCGCUUCUCGGGCGAGCGGAGACGCGGCACGGUCUACCUGGUGUACAGACACCGCGACGAACAGGAGCGCUACCUGCCGCUGCUGCGAACCACAGACGCGGACGACGCGGCGCAGCGCGAAGACGAAGAAAACGAAGAGGAGGAGGAGGCGCGCGGCACAGGGAGCCGGUGGGCGCAGAGAGGCAGCGAGGAGGCGAGAGGCCUGCCGCUUCGCCUCCUCAAAGGCGGAGCGCGGGAGAGGGAGAGUGCUGGCGAGCCUCCGCAGGCCGAGGGCGGAAAAGCGAAGCGCGCGGCGGUGCCGUGGCUCGCGUCGCUUUCCGCGCUUCUCCGCGCGCCGAGAGGCUCGCCGCGCGACAUCUCCGCCCAAACGAGCGUAGAGCUCCUUCCGCUCUCCACGGCGUCGUCCCCGGGCUCAGACUCGGAGGCCGCCUCCUCCCCGCCUCGCGCGGCCUCCUCCACUUCGCCUCUGGGCGGCCCGCCAGCGGAGUGCCUGUCGCCGGGCGCCGAGGCGCAGAGAGAAGGAGACAGCUCCGCGUCCGCCGUGAACCCCGCGCGCGGCGGCGACGCGCCGGCGCGCGAUUCAGAGGGGGCGGCGAGGAAGGGCGUGCGAAGCGGCGGGUUUGAGGAUAGAGCGGACGCGGCUGCGGCUGUGGCGCGCAACGGGGCGGAAGACGCGCGAGAGAGAGACACCGCGCGCGUGUUUUGUCGCCUGCCGUCGCUUGGGCGCGCGGACGAGACCAGCGCGCAGAGUUGGCUGCGGGGCACGCCGCAGCCUUUGGCGCGCGAUGCAAAGGCGGAGGCGAGCGCAGAGGAAGACGUAGAAGUCGUCGACGUGCGCCUCGAUCUGUGGGGCCUUCUCGACGAGAAGCAGCCGCUACAACUCCCUCCCGAGACGCAGCUCCUCGACGUCUACGGCACCUUCAAGCAACUCAAGUGCUCGUAG